AGAGCUCGGAGUUUGUGUUGUGCACUCGUUGCAGUAGGAGGUGCACGGAUGACGUUUCUCCAGACUCCUUUUAGUUUGUUUUAAAGACUUAUUCUAUGUUUUUUUUAGGAGCAUCCAGGAUCCCGCUGAAUUCCGGAGAGCUCGCGCGGACAUAAUGUGAGCUCGCGCCCGCGUCUUGUCGCCAGAGCCGUCGCUGUGGUUCGUCCUGUCAGAGGCUGAGGGGGACUACAGUGAGAAUACGCAGUAGGCUACACUUCUAUCCGGUGUGUGUCGCGCUGUCAAACUGAGGAGAGUAGACAGAGGGACGUUUCAGCGCGAUUUAUCCACUUUGCGUUUUGCCUCGGCUCUUUUUGUCCUUCUGGAUUAUCGCUGCCCAGCAACACAGCCACCUGACAACUCUGGAUGUCGUAAUUAAGGAAGGGCACUCAGUGAACCAGUAAUGGAGACCAAACGAUACCAAAGUUAUUUUGAUGGGAAGGACACAGAGAACAAGUGGCCUCAGGUCCCUAGUUCCACGGAGUUCUGUUGCAGCUCAGAGGACUCAGGUGUGACCACUGGAGAUAUUCUGAUGGGCAUUGUCAACGUCAGCUGCCCUGCUGGAAGUCCAGCCUCUGACUGCAAAGACAACAACAACACAAAGAAGCAGGAGCAGCCAGUGCGCCGCCUCAGCCACAAUCAACCAUUUGUUCACCCACACUUCAACAACUCUCUUCAUGGUCAUAAGCAGGAAAUGGACUCCAAGGAGCUUUCCAAAACCGUUGCUGAGUCUAUGGGCCUCUACAUGAACGCUGCCAGGGAGGCAGACUUUGCUUUUAGCCAGCACGGGGGCAGUACCAGCCCUGGGAAACUGUUCCCAGUGUGUGGGCGUUCUCUAGAGGAGAAGCAGAGUGGAGCCACAAAAAACCCGAAGUUAACACCGUUUGGGUUCCAGCAGCCCUGUUCCACCCACACAGCAGGCUCAGGGACACCAGUGAACUCUGGCCCUAUGCUGGGCUCCUCUGUGUCCUGCAGCCCUCAGACCUCCAGCUCUAUGUCCAGCCCUGGGGGGAGUAAUAACAUGGUGUCCUCCACCACCAGCCCACCUGUGUGCUUCGGACCUCCAUGUUCAGCGGUCAGCAGUCCGGCCAGCCAGACGUCCUGUGCUCAGAGUGUGGCCCACAUCAAGCGCAGGAACUCAGCUACAUGUAGCCCAGUUGAGUCUAGCACCGUGGGCUCCCCACCACUCACCAGCCCCAUGAACGUCAUGAGGUCCCCCAUCUCCAGCCCUCAGAGCAUGAGCAGCGCCUGCAGCGCUUCCUGUAACAUGAGGUCCUCUGUGUCCAGUCCCACCAGCACGGCCAACUGCAGCACCCUGCAGCAGUCUAUGUCCAGUCCACCUUCAGGGGGCCUCCCUGGGAGCAGCCCCCACGAGCCGCCCUCUGCAGGGUUUCCGGAGCCCAGUCCUGCGAGCGCUCUGGGACUGGUGCAGAAUGACAUCAACAGCCCAGAUCCAGCCUCUCUCACUCAGGACGUAGACUUCAAGAACUUUGAGUUUCCCAAAGUGGAGAUGGUUGAUGGGGAGGUUUUCAAUGUGGGCUUGGACCAGAUGGGCAUGGUUAAAUAUAUUAAGAAUGAGCCUGGCACUGACUUCAGAAGCAUGUGUCUUGGAAGCUCUAAAUGUAAUGCAAAUAGUACAUCCUUCAUCACCCAGAUUAAGACAGAGCCAAACAAAGACGAGGACUGUAUGAAUCAGCAGCCCUAUAACGAACCGUCACAAUCCAUGGGUCUGUUUCCUGCAGCCGAGACCACCUAUCUGUCUCUGAGGAAUAACAUUGACGAGUACAGUCUCUCUGGAAUCUUAGGACCCCCUGUCUCCUCUAUGAAUGGCAACUAUGAGUCUGAUGUGUUCUCCAACAAUGUCCUGUCUAAAGGGGUUAAGCAGGAGGCCAAUGACGGCAGCUAUUACCAAGAGAAUAACAGCAUGCCCACAUCGGCCAUUGUUGGAGUUAAUUCCGGUGGACACUCAUUCCAUUACCAGAUUGGAGCACAAGGAACAAUGUCUUUCACGCGGCACGAUGUGAGGGACCAGUCCAACCCCUUGUUGAAUCUAAUUUCUCCAGUAUCGGCAUUAAUGGAGUCAUGGAAAACUCGUCCGGGCAUGUCACAGGGGUCACUGGCUGUCAGAGGCGAUGGAUAUCCGGGUCAAAACUGCAUUACGGACGCCAUGUCAAGUUCGCCCAUGAGACAGCCCUCGUCCACGGCCAAAGUGUGCCUGGUGUGUGGGGACGAGGCGUCCGGAUGCCACUACGGAGUAGUGACCUGCGGGAGCUGCAAAGUCUUCUUCAAAAGAGCAGUGGAAGGUCAGCACAACUACCUGUGCGCCGGGAGGAACGACUGCAUCAUCGACAAGAUCCGUCGGAAAAACUGCCCAGCGUGUCGGGUACGGAAGUGUCUGCAGGCCGGCAUGAACCUGGGAGCGAGGAAGUCUAAAAAACUGGGUAAGCUGAAGGGACUGCACGAUGACCUCCAGACCACAAAAGACGUGGGGUCGGGCGGGUACCUGUGCUCCGAGAAGGACCUGACCUCCAGCGCAAACAACGCCUUGGUACCCCACGGUCCAGGGGUGGUCACGCCCUUCCUGCCCCCCUCCAUCUGCAGCGUCCUGGAGCUGAUCGAGCCUGAGGAGGUGUACUCCGGCUACGACAACACACAGCCCGACACCACCGACCACCUGCUCUCCAGCCUCAACCGCCUGGCCGGCAAGCAGAUGGUGCGCAUGGUCAAGUGGGCCAAAGUACUUCCAGGUUUCCGCGGUCUACCCAUCGAGGACCAAAUCACGCUGAUCCAGUACUCGUGGAUGUGCCUGUCCUCCUUCUCUCUCAGCUGGAGGUCUUACAAACACACUAAUGGACAGAUGCUCUACUUCGCCCCAGACCUCAUCUUCAACGAGGAGCGCAUGCAGCAGUCGGCCAUGUACGACCUGUGUUUGGGCAUGAGGCAGGUGAGCCAGGAGUUUGUGCGGCUGCAGCUCACGUUCGAUGAGUUCCUCUCCAUGAAGGUGCUACUGCUGCUGAGCACAGUUCCCAAAGAGGGUCUGAAGAACCAGGCAGCGUUUGAGGAGAUGAGGGUCAACUACAUCAAAGAGCUGCGGAGGUCAGUGGGAAAAGCAACCAACAACUCGGGUCAGACCUGGCAACGCUUCUUCCAGCUCACCAAGCUCCUGGACGCUAUGCACGAUUUAGUGGGGAACCUGCUGGACUUCUGCUUCUAUACGUUCCGCGAGUCGCAGUCGCUGAAGGUGGAGUUCCCAGAGAUGUUGGUGGAGAUCAUUAGUGACCAGAUACCAAAGGUGGAGUCAGGCCUCACACACACCAUCUACUUCCACAAGAAGUGACUGGAACGAACUCACAGACAAGAACUGGAAAAGAAGAGAGACUAGAGGCACACAGACGUGUAAGAAAGAAGGGGGCGGAGCUAAAAGGUCGCCCCUCCCCCUUUGUCCUGCUGGAUCUGUCGGGUCUCAGGACAAGACUCAAAAGUGACGAGGUCACAGAGGCCGAGAAGAGAAGGUUCUGGACCCAAAAUGGAGCGAUCUGAUACUACGGCGAGGAAGAACGCUAAGCUAGGAAGGACAUGUGACCAACCCUGACGCACCCCACCCCCCACUGCCCCCACCUCCUGCCCCAAAGAUGAUGACAGUAUUUUCUAUGGAGUAAAGCCAUACAUUUCUUAGGAUGCGCUAGACACAGUCACUUAAAAAAAACAAAACAACAAAAAACACUUAAACACACAAAUGAAGGGAAGUCCACUCAUUUGUCUGAUAAUGCACAGAUGCACUCCACAGGCUACGUCCACAUUCACAUCUUUUCAUUUUAAGACAAUUGGAUCUGUGCACAACGGCAAAUGGCUAGCUAACUGUUUGCGUUACUACUUCCUGUCCAAUACUGAAAAAUUCAAGAAUAGUUGUGGGUCAAUGUCACGUCUGAGUUUAAAAUGAUAGGUCUUUGUGUCUCAAUGAUAAUGCUAAUGCUAAUUUUGAGACUUAAAAAAUAUAAAAAUAAUGCCAUAAACUUCAGUUAUCUACAUAUUAAAACAAUCAAGUGGUCUUUCGUUUAAUAUUUAAUAUUUAAAGACUGAUUUAAUUUAAUUAGUUGUUUGUUUUAUGUUUUACAUUUGAAUACACGUUAGCAUUAGCUUUGAGAUACAGUGAGCUAGUCAGUGCAUGGGUCAUGGGAAAACAUGGGUCAAAUUUUUUAUUUUUUAAAUUAUUUUUUUUGUUAACUAAGUAUUUUGUUUUCAUUUUCCUGAUUUACAACAUAAGCCUAAUCUUGAAAAACUGUUACUGUGGACAUAGCCUUGGUCACUUAAAGAAAUGUUCUUUUGCAAAUAUUAACUGUGGCUUAUGCAGUCUUUUACUAUGAACAGCACUAUGAAAACAGAUGCCAAUACUUACUUAGAUUUAGCUUUGCAAGGAGAUUCUAGACAUUAAUAAGGUGGAUGGUCUUUUCUAUUCCAAGGGCUAUAUCCAAGUGUUACCAUUACUAGAAAUUAUUAUUGCAUUCAAACUAGCUUAAUUCGCUCAAAUGCAACCAUUAUUAACAUCUACAUGCUUAUUUUUAAAAUGUGUAGAGAAACAAUCAAAAACUAAUAUGCAAAAAUGAUCCAAAGCGGAGACAAAAAGAAAGCUAGCAUGCUAAGCUAACCUUACAUUCAUACAUUCAUACAUUUUAUUUUGGCAUUAUACUAUAAGAGUGAUUGAAAGGCCAUUUUAGGAGGAAUUGACUGAGGAUUCAUGGUGAUUUCUGUCAUUUGCGGCAGCUUAUCUAAAAGAGCAGCUGUUUUUACUCACCAUGAAGCAGAACCAGCUCUUUACGAAGCUACAAACUCUUGACAGAAAUAAUAAAACGUUUUAUAUAAAAGGUGUAUCGCAAAGUUUUUUUUCCUUCAUAUAAGGUGCUUUCUUUCUACCAAGCCAGGCUAAACAUGUACAGUAACUUCUGUAAAGUAGGCUAGCUGCAGCGCAAAGCUAACAGCUAACGCAUCGAACAGGCAGGCGUGUACAGGUAUUAACCACUCUAUUUAGCUGUUGUACAGAACUUGUUUGGAGGUACAAUGCUUGAAAGGAAUCUUUCUUUUACUAUUUGGGCCAACUAUUUGAAAUAAAAGCUAACAGAUUUGUCAUAAUAUUAGCUUGUGUCGUAGCCCCACAUGUUCUGAUGGUUGUAGUGUUAGCAUCUCAUUGACCUGGGUGUUCAUAUUAGCGCGGCCAUUGCACUUGUUAGUAUUUGUUUGGCCUAUUGAAAUUGUAUUGAUAUUUUAUUUUAUGUGGUGUACUAUACUUUCUGAAUGUAGGAUAUGUUUACAUCAUUUUAAACAUGAUAUUUAAUAAUUACUGUAACUUGGCCUGGCGGCAUCAACUACUCUUCAUGAAGAUGGAUGAAAUUUAAUGCCAUUCUGUGGAACAUUCUAAGCAAAGUGCACCAUUUGGGAACCACAUUGAUGAUCCAAUAAAGUCCACUUUGUUUAUAUAGCACAUUUUAUUAACAUGAAAGUUCCCAAAGUGCUCCACAGAUAAAUUAUCGACUAUAAUGCUCGACACGGAGCUACACGCACUUACUCUUUGUCACACUGUAGCUGCCGUGUAAUAGGCUAACCCCAAUCACAUCCCAUCAUCAUGACUAUAAGCUAGCGCGUAAGAGAAGCUAACGUGAACACCCAGGCUGAUCUGGUGUCUACAGUACAAGACAAAAAUGAUGCUACUGAGAAGUGAUAGGGUCGCCGGGGGAGGCAACAGCGGGGGCGUGUGAGAGUCUAUUUACAUGGGGCAGAGAGUGUGUGUGUUUGAGAGAUUUUUUCCCUGGCAAAAGUGUGCGUAGUGAAUCUGCUCCUUCAGCGUGGGUAUUAUGCAUUGACAUUAUAGGAUUAGCCAUAUCCUAUUUCCAGAUUUAGAUUUGCACACAGAAGAUACAAUGUGAAAAUAAGGCAUUAGAGCAGCUAGCUUGGAUAUUUUUAAUAAAUAAAAAAAAUUACCCUUGCGUUGUGAUAAUGCGUGAGGAACUUUUUUAUUUUGUGCAUGGUCACUCAGUCAAAUUGUUUUUUGUUUUUUUUCAAUCUGGAAUCAUCAUUCACAAAAAAUGGUCUAAGCUAAUCUCUCACACUUUCUUUAUUUCGCCCCCUUCUUAAAAACCUGUCUAAAGGUUCAUAGGAACGAAUGGGAAAGUAUUUUUGAGAGAAUUAUAUUUUGCUGGAAAACAAUAUUUAAGUACUUUGUCUAAACUCCUUUUUGUAAAAUGAAAUGUUAAUGCAUGCUUUUUUUCGACCAGAUGUUUACAUUGUAUUUAAAAAAGGGAAAUUUGUGCCUUUUUUAUCUCACCACAAUUUUACAGUAUAUAAAUAUUGUAAAUAGCGAUUCUUUAUGUUGAGUAUGGAAGCGUUUCUACAUCUUUGUUGGAAAACUUGGACGUAAUGUGCGUUCCCACUUGCCAUGUUGUUUGUCGGAAAAUUGUCAUCUAAAGUGCGGCGCUACAGAGAUUUGAAUGUAUCAAUGUGUUUGAGAGGCUUAUGGAACUUACUACCUUGAAUGUUAGAGAGAGAACAUUUAUUAUCUUAUUCAGUAAAGUUAUAUGUUUUUUUUCUUUUUUAUUUUUUUCUUACUUUUGCAUUCUUGUUCAUGUGGCUCAAAAAGUUUAUUUGUAACAAGUGAUGGAUUGUUCAGUUGUUGCUGUUUAAAACAUUUCUGAACCCAUGGUGGAAUUAUGAGCACCAUGUAAAACUAAAAGUCACUCUAAAGACACUGGGAUAUGCUGAGAAAGUAUUCUCACAUUUGUGCACAAAAUGGAUGUAGAGCAGGGGCUGUUUUCAUGAAUGCUUAUUUUUCAGUCACCCACCAGUCAAGACCAAAAGAAAAAUACAUGUCAACAUUGUUGUAAACAACUGCUGCUAGCCAACACCGGUUAGUUUUCAAAUAGCUUGUGUUAGCUAGUUGUUACAUUGUUUUUUUGACACAUGUUUGUAUUUGGGAAAUAUAAAAAUCUGACCCGUAAAAGUAAGUCUAAGGAGGAACUUCAAAUUCAAAUAGAUUAAAAUCAUUUAGUGUGACCUUUCCAAAUCUGAAUGUAUUAGGCCCGUGUACCAUUUGCACACUGAUGAUAUGUUCCUGAAAUGCAUUUCUUGGAGACUGGAUUUGUGAAUGGACAUUGAACAUCCUGUUCUUAUUCACUGCUUUUUGUUAAGAAGUAAAACUUCAAAAGAAAGUCUGCUGAGUACAGCCCCUGACUUCGAUGUUGUAGGCUACCGAUGUUGCACUAAAAUCUAAAUUUUGAUCCAAAGAAGGGUACUGUAAAACAUGCCUAUGCUAAAGAUUCUUAUCAGUGUUUUAACCCUCCAAAAUCGCAGGCUGUGACUGUUGGCUCGUUCUGGUCCACUAUAUGAACUGAUCCUAAAUAAGCAUUGGGUGCAGAGACUGUCCUGAGCUGUGUGGGUGGGGCUGACUCAGAACGUGACGUCUCAAAGUCGCACGUGUGCAGUCACGUCAAUGCCAUUUUGUGUUCGCGCUGACGAAUCGAGUGCAAAAGAGACCAAGCCAUAUCUCUGUCCACAGCCAUGGGAGUGCACUUCUUAUGAACAGACAGGCUAGAGGAAAACACAUGCAUUUUUCCAGUUCCAACUAAACAACUUUUUACUCCGAUGCUUUGUACAAUAUUUCUGAACAACUCUCCAGCAAAAGGACAGUAGGCCUCCCUCGACAUACACAUCUUUGAGAGCAGUUACUACUGUAUAUCUUGAUGCAGAUAUUGCCAUAUUUGUGUUUGCAGAACCUGCAAGAUUCUAAUAAAACUGUCAAAGUAACAUGUCUGUGUGCUGUCUUUGUCUCAGGGACGCCAGUGGCAAAAAAACGUCUUUGUGUCCUUCACCCACGUACUUCACCC